AUGUAUCCAGGAUCAGGCAAUAAUUCAUACGGUGGCUACAGCAGACCACUGGGCCCACCACCUAGCCAAUACCAGCAAAGCGGCAAUGGAGGCUACGGGAGACCACAAGGUGCUCCACCUCCACAAAGCUACCAGCCUCAACAACAGUACUCAAGACCGGCCGCUCCUCCUGCCUCUACGUCGUCCAAUUAUCACGGCAACACGCAAGAUGGGAACUACAAUGACCCAAACAGCAACACGCACCAGUAUCAACAGUACUCGAGACCACUGGGACCUCCACCACCUUCCGUUCCUCAAAGCUUUGGGCAAAAUACCGGAAUGACCUACCAGUACUCCAACUGUACAGGUAGAAGGAAGGCGCUCUUAGUCGGAAUCAACUACAUCGGGUCAUCGAACGCCUUGAGAGGUUGUAUCAAUGACGUGAAGAACAUGAGUCAGUUCUUGAACCAAAGAUUUGGUUAUCAGUACGAUGACAUGGUUAUACUAACUGAUGAUCAAAGAGAGAUGGCCAGAAUCCCAACCAGAGAGAAUAUCUUAAGAGCAAUGCAAUGGUUAGUCAAAGACGCCAGACCAAACGAUUCGUUGGUUUUCCACUACUCCGGCCAUGGGGGUGUCACAGAAGAUCUUGACGGAGAUGAAGAGAGUGGUUUCGAUGAUGUGAUCUACCCACUUGAUUUCCAGCAGAACGGUCACAUUGUGGAUGAUAUCAUGCACGAUAUUAUGGUUAAGCCAUUGCCAGCUGGUUGCAGAUUGACUGCAUUGUUUGAUUCUUGUCAUUCUGGUACUGCCUUAGACUUGCCUUAUGUAUACUCAACGAAGGGUGUUGUCAAGGAACCAAAUUUAUUGAAGGAUGCAGGUGGCGAUGCCUUGCAAGCUUUCCUUUCAUACGAAAGAGGGAACAUUGGUGGUGCUAUUUCUUCGUUGGGGGGAAUUUUCAAGAAGGUUAGCAGACUGGGUAGUACGAACAGAGACCAAGUUAUCACCAUCAAGGCUUCACCCGCGGAUGUUAUCAGUAUUUCAGGUUGUAAGGAUGACCAGACUAGUGCCGAUGCCACCGAAAAUGGUCAAAACACGGGUGCCAUGAGUUGGUCAUUCAUUAAGACUAUCACUGAAUACCCUAAUCAGAGUUAUUUAUCGUUGUUGAAUAAUAUGAGAACAUUGUUGAGUGGUAAAUAUUCACAAAAGCCUCAACUUAGUAGUUCACAUCCACAGGAUAUGAACCUUCAAUUCUUGAUGUAA